CCCACGACGCGGUGAGGUCGCCUCCUAGCGGCCACAGCAAGAAGUCCGCAGGCCGCGGCCCUCGGCUGACCCUCGGGUCGCUGGGGUCAUGGGCACCUCCGAGACCGCACCGCCGCCGUUCGCGCGCGUCGCCCCCGCGCUCUUCAUCGGAAACGCGCGAGCCGCGGGCGCGACGGAGCUGCUGGUGCGCGCGGGCAUCACUCUGUGCGUCAACGUCUCCCGCCAGCAGCCUGGGCCGCGCGCGCCCGGAGUGGCCGAGCUGCGCGUGCCCGUGUUCGACGACCCGGCGGAAGACCUGCUGACGCACCUGGAGCCCACCUGUGCCGCCAUGGAGGCCGCGGUGCGCGACGGCGGCGCCUGCCUCGUGUACUGUAAGAACGGCCGCAGCCGCUCAGCCGCCGUCUGCACCGCCUAUCUUAUGCGCCACCGCGGGCACAGCCUGGAGCGCGCCUUCCAGAUGGUGAAGAGCGCUCGCCCGGUAGCCGAGCCCAAUCUGGGUUUCUGGGCUCAGCUGCAGAAGUUUGAACAGAACCUCCGGGCCCAGGCCCUCCUGCCCCGGGAACCCGCUGAUCCCGAGUAAGCCGCCCCCUUCAGCGGCUGGGUGGCCAGGUGUCUACACUGCAAGGCGUUCCUUCCCUCUUUUCAAUAGGCAAUGGCCUAGGGUUUUGCCCCCUCUUGGUGGCAGUCCAGGAGUGUCUACUGAAGAGGGGGGCUUCGUUUAUUCAUCAGGUUUGGGUCAAAUACAAACCAGCUAAGUUUUAGGUAGAGAACUCGCGUUAGGGAUCGAUGAGUCUGGGGCGCCUACGAGAGUUGAUAGAGAGUGACAGACCAGAGUCCUAGCUUGCUGUCUCCUCCCAGGGAUUGCCUGGCCUUGCAGGCAGAACUUCGUGCCCCCUGGAUUUCUUUCUUGCCCCUUCUUAGGCAGAGGCUUAGAGUCUCCCAGCAGGAGGUCCGGGGCCCAUCAUCUUUAAUCUUACAGCUGCUGUGCGGUGGGAGGAAGGCAUCUGCCCUUCUCCCCACCGCCGUAAUUAACCUGUAUCAAUGCCUAGCAUUGUCAAGCUGCCAUUAUACACUGUGUACCAUCCUCCCCAGCUGGCAGGCAGGCCCGUCAGUUGUCACCUUGUGUUGCUUGCUCGUCUAGUUCAGACAUAGCCUCUUAGACAUUGUUUCCUUAAGAGCCCUGGAAACUUAGUUACCAUUUAAAGAAGUAGUGAGGGAAGAGCAAAGAAAAACCUGGGCUAGGUGUGUGAAUUACAGAUGUGUGGCCACUGGUAAAUUUGCCAACAAAUAUGAAUCCGUGAAUAAAAUCCCAGAGUUGAUAUUUAUGGUUUCUCUUUUCUACUUCUCCCUGCUUAUGGUCUCUGGGGCCGGAAUAGUCCAUUUGCAUCAGCUUCUUGAAGAUCGUGGUCUGUCUCCCCGUUUUGCCCCUGAAGAGACUAAAGGGUUUGGUCAUGUCUGCCUCUAUGCAGUGAGACAUACUCGGGUCCCCAGAUGGAGGGUUCUCCCUUAAAAUGAAGAAUGAAGCCGUCUCACUUAGCUGAACCCAAGGUUGAGGGGACGUGAGGCACACAGUUCAUGAUCAAGGCACUGGGGUGCUAGUGAGCACCGCCUUCCCCACCUGCCCCCACACUUCUGGUUUCUGACUGUGAUGAGCAAGCCCUUCAGCGGUCACUGGUUCAAAGUGUUCG